AUGAAGCAGCUCCACAAGCAAUCUUCCAUGCCCAUCUCCCACGCCUCCCCCCAUCAGCCCUACUCCCCCAAAUCCCUAAAACACCCCCGCCCCCUCCAGAAACCCCUCGCCUACCUCCUCCGCGAGCAGCGCCUCCUCUUCAUCCUCGUCGGAAUCCUCAUCGGCGCCGGAUUCUUCCUCUCAACCUCGUCCUCCUCCGACCCCCGCCCCCAAAUCGUCUCGUCGAACCGCGAUUCCUUGGCCCACCGCCGCGAUCUCGAUCGGGGUGGGUUCGGAAAAUCCGGCAGCGUUGGCAGAGUUCCGGUUGGGAUCGGAAGCAGGAGGAGGAGGGUCGUGGUCACCGGCGGCGCGGGUUUCGUCGGGAGCCAUUUGGUGGACAAGCUGAUCGCCAGAGGGGACGACGUGAUCGUGGUGGACAAUUUCUUCACGGGUAGGAAGGAGAACGUGGUUCAUUUGUUCGGGAACCCUAGGUUCGAAUUGAUCAGGCACGAUGUGGUGGAGCCGAUUCUGUUGGAAGUCGAUCAGAUCUACCAUUUGGCCUGCCCUGCGUCGCCAGUGCAUUAUAAGUUCAAUCCAGUCAAGACUAUCAUAUCCUUUUUCUCUGUGUGUGUGUGUGUGUGUUUUGGAUGCCAUGGAUUUGAUCUUAGUAUUGCUUUUUGUGGGUUGUUAACUGAUUUGGAAAUCCUAAUUUGA